AGUAAUUAUAUUCAGCAAGGAAUAAGUGAUCUGGCAGUGCAACGGGUUACUUCUGAGUGGAAAGGCCGUGUGGAUUAUCUGGAUGCUGAGUGGACGAAACGAUUACAGGAUUCGGAAGAAAAAGCAACGUUGGCGAUAGCGAAGGUGAAAGCCGAGAUGCAUAACGCAUUGGAAGAUAAGGAGCUGGAGAUACAGAACAUUCGAACGAAAUACAAACAACUCGAAUCGCAAGGAUCAGAUUCACAACAUCAAAUCGAUGAACUGAAAUCAACAAUCGAGGCAUUAGAGAACGAGAAGUCGGAUAUGGUAUUGAAAUUGUCAGAAGCAAAGCAACAAGGUGUGAAGGCGAUUCGGGAGGACGAAGAGCGCAAGAGAAAGGAAAUCGUCGAGGAAAUGGAGCGGAAACGUGCCGAAGACCAGCGCAAUUACGAGCAAAAACUUGAGGACGAAUUGAAAAAACAGGUGAGAUUAUAUUGGUAG